GUCCCUGUAACUGGAGCAGGACUCACAUUCCUGCAGCGGGGAGGCCGUGAAUCUGCAACGCCAGAAAGGCGACGCCACGACCAGCUGACUGCUGCUUGUAAUUUCUGCUCUAUUUCUGGGGAUGUUGAUGGAUCAAAAUGUCAGCAUGCGCUCCAGAUGUGGGAGCCGCUCUCCUCCUCCUCUUCCCCCCUUCCUCCCCCACCUCCGACCUCCAGAAUGUGUGACAGGGCGGAGGGUGGAGGGAGGCUGCGAGUCAGCCGAGGAGAAAUUUGGCAAGUGCACUCAAAACGAAGCAGACGGAGAGCAAGCGAUUUAGUUUUGGAGGAGCGAACCAGAGCUGAUCUGCAGCGUUCAUCAGGAUGAAGAGCGUCAGCGUCGUCACACUGAUGCUGUGUCUCCAUCACGCGUCCUUUUCUUCUGCUCAGGAGUGUCCCUCCACCCAUGACCUGGUGACCGCACUGCGGCAGGUGGAGAAGAUGUUGGCGGUCCACGAGGCGUCGUACCAGCAGGGUCUGCGCUCCCUGAGGAAGAAGAUGAGCGCUCUGCACAACAGCACCAUGGCCAUCUUUAAGACUGGCGCAUCCUGCCCCAAACCCGAGCCCCCCUCUCACGGCCGCAGACUGGGCAGGGUGUUUGGUGUCGGACAUGAGGUCCACUUCCUGUGCAAGCCUGGCUACGAGCUGAUUGGCCCACGGACCCGAGUGUGUCUGGAAUCGCUGAAGUGGAGCGGCCAGCAGCCAGUGUGCCGACGCCUCGGCAGCACCGGCGGUUCCCUGGCCUCCUUCUCUUCUGCUGCUCCCUCUUCUCGCUCUUCUGUCUCAGCUGCUCUGUCGGCAUCCUCUUCAUCAUCACCCUCUCCCGUCUCCUCUUCGACUCCUAUGCCUUCCACCCCCUCUUCCUCUGUCCGUCCAUCUCACUGCACUCACUUCCUGGGCUCCACCCGCUGCACCUGUGACGUGGGUUUCACCAUAUCAGGCCGUGACAAUAACAUCUGCACAGAUAUCGACGAGUGUCAUUUGUUUCCUCUUGGGCAGCCCGGCCGGCUCUGCGUCCAUCAGUGCGUCAACACUGCUGGCAGCUUCCACUGUUUCUGUCCCGCCGGCUACGACCUCGCCAGAGACGGCCGCAGCUGCUCAGACAUCGAUGAGUGCGAAAACCGGAUGCACAACUGCACAGGAGAGCAGCUGUGUGUGAACACCUACGGAGGUUUCCAGUGUGUGAUGGUGGAGUGUCCCAACCUGAAAAACGCCACAUACAUCAAGACGUCACCCAUGCGCUGCGAGAGGAACCCGUGCAUGCUGGGAGACAAGGGAUGCGCUCAGGCGCCCAGCUCCAUCUCCUUCCACUUCCUGUCUGUGGUGUCUAACAUGUCAGCACCCCGCGUCCUCUUCCGGGUGUCGGCGGCUCGCGUGCUGGGCGACACGCUGCGUUUUGGCCUGGCUGGCGGCCGUGGGCGGGGCCACUUCAGCGUGCAGCGCUCUGGCCGGCAAACCGGCACCCUCCUCCUGGUGACGCCCGUCAAGGGUCCUGCCACUCUGGAGGCUGAGGUGGAGAUGAGCGAGAUGGAGCGAAACUCGCUGCUGGGCCGCUACCUCACCAAGGUCACCCUGUUUGUUUCUCCACACGAGUUUUAGGUGGAGGACUGGAGGCUCCUCAGGGUGCCAUUUUGUCACUCAGUUACACCAGUUUACCCAGAAAGAAGGAGCCAAUCCAUCACAAAGUUGAUGUCAAAAUGAUUUUUAAAUGUAUUUGUUAUUACUGAGAGGAACAAGAGAGGACUUUGUAAAUACAUCAGAGAUGAUCCUUUAGCCUCCAAGCCUCUGAAUGAGUUCGACUGACAGUAGUGCUAGUAUGAAUGCGGCUUCCUGUUAAUAUUUCCAUGAGUUUAUAUGAGUCUAAUGGCUAAUAAUAAUCUCCAAUCUGUUUGCCUGCUGCAUGAUGACAAUUUUUAAUUUUCAACUUUUUCCUCCCAAGUCACCACACUUAAUUUAUCCCGUCAGAAAAGCCAAAUGUAAUAUUUUGACAUAACAUACAAAUUAAAAUGCCAAGGCCGUCAGCUGGAUAAAACUGUGAGGUUAUUGCUUUAUGCAGAUACAGUUUAAAUUAAGUGAUCAUUUCGACACCAAGCAAACAAAAAUAUAAAUUUCUUCCUUUUGUGAUUUUUUGUUAAUUUCAAUUCAGUUUAUUUAUAUAUGUGUCAAUUCACAACAAAAGUUAUCUCAUGACCCUGUCCAAUCAGAGCAGGUCGAGACCAAACUCUUUAAUUAAAUUGUAACAUAGAGAACCCAACAUUCCCCCAUCAGCAAGCAGUUGGUGACAGCGGAGCAGAAACACUGACUUUUAACAGGCAGAAACCUCAGAGUAGACCCCGACUCGAUGUGGACGGCCAUCUGCCUUGACCAAUUUACAGGACAGAUAUGUUGCAGCAGAAUAAAAAACCUCUGAUGCAUUAUCACAGCAGGUUAUUGUCUUUUCCAAACAGAUAAAACAAGACUUUCAGCAGCCAUCUUUAAAAGCGGGUCAAAAAUGUUUGUUAUGUUAUAUGUAAUAUGUUUUAAUCCAGAUAGUCUUUCUGGAAAAUAUAGUGUUGUUAAACCUCUGUGUGUGUUUUUGACAGCUCAGUGAGUUAAAUGUGAUAAUAAAGCAUGAGAGGAACAAACUGG